UUUUAAAAUUUUAAUCCAAGCGACGCCCCAGGCAAAACGUCUUACAUGACAAAAUUUGUAUGGAGCAUUUAAGAUGAGGGGCUCUUUCACUUGAGUAGGCGUUGGUUAAAGUAACGAGGAGAAUUUUUUAAUUUGUUAAAACUUAAAAGUAGAUGUUUAUUUAUUUUGCUUGAAUCUGAAGUUUUUGACACCUACUGACCGUACUGUACAAUAUUUUGAUGAUAAACCGACUGAAACUGCAACGACGACCUUCUCACGGCUACUCUUUUCUGGUUUAGGCAAAGUCUUGUCUGGUCUUGUUCUUUCCCGAGCUCAGAUCUACCGUGUCAAAGUAAUGGCGGAAGACAAGGAUGCCACGUCAGUCCCCCUGAGUCAACCCGCCGCCGACGAUCCAGAAGACCCACUCAAAUCUCCUUCCAAUUCACCCAAUUCGUCUACUCGCAAGGCUUGUUGUUACUUCCUUCAAAGCUGGGUCUCGAAGAAGUUCAUGACUGGAUGUGUAGUUCUCUUUCCUGUUGCGGUUACAUUCUUUAUCACGUGGUGGUUUGUUCAGUUUGUUGAUGGUUUCUUCAGUCCACUAUACGAACAACUAGGCAUUGACAUAUUCGGACUGGGAUUUGUGACAUCACUAGUUUUUGUGUUCUUAGCUGGUGUGUUUGUCUCAUCGUGGCUGGGAUCUACUGUAUUCUGGAUUGGAGAAUGGUUUAUAAAGCGAAUGCCAUUUGUUAAACACAUAUAUUCAGCUUCCAAGCAAAUAAGCUCUGCAAUAUCUCCAGACCAAAAUACAACAGCUUUUAAGGAAGUGGCAAUCAUAAGUCACCCGCGUGUGGGUGAAUAUGCUUUUGGGUUCAUAACAUCUUAUGUCUUCCUUCAGAAAGAUGAUGGUGAUGAAGAACUGUGUAGUGUGUUUGUCCCAACUAAUCACUUGUACAUUGGUGAUAUAGUCCUUGUUAGCUCCAAGGAUAUCAUAAGACCGAAUUUGUCAAUCCGUGAAGGCAUAGAAAUCAUAGUAUCUGGUGGUAUGACAAUGCCGCAAAGCAUUUCUCCUGUGGAAAGGAUUGCUCGGCAAAGUGAAAGGAUCCCACUCAACAGAAUAAUGUGAUUGUGUUGUUGAUGUACCCAGUUUUCUGUUUUCUGGACUGCCGGUGGUUGAGAGUACUUAUGAUCCAGGGGAUGAUAGUAUGAGCUGUAUACUUACUGUAAGAGAUUCAAGUUUGAGAAUGAAAUGGACAGCUCUUCAUAUUGUAAUUAGGUGUCUCUGUGUGUAUUAAUUUAUAUAUAUACACACAUAUUUAUAUUUAUAUAUGCACCAAACCCCCCUGUGAUUUGGAAAUUCGGCGCAUUAGCCCCUGUGAUUUAAAAAAUGCGUCAAACCCCCCCUGUGUUUUAAUUAAUCAUGCACAAAACCCCUUUAUGAAUAAAUUUAACGAUUUGAAAAUCACUUUUCGUAAUAUUUUGAUUGAAUAUGCAAAUAAAUAUGUCAAAAUCUCUGAAUCAUACAAAAAUGUUAAUCAAUUUUCUUUUAUUUGACAAUUGAAUUUGUUCACAUAAGGGAUUUGGCACAUGAUUAAUUAAAACACAGGGGGGUUUGAUGCAUUUUUUAAAUCACAGGGGGCUAAUGCGCCGAAUUUCCAAAUCACUGGGGGGUUUGGUGCAUUAAACCCUUCCCUUUGGUUGAAAUUAUUUACAUACUUUAACUUUUCUAUUUUCUCUUUCUUGUACCUAUCUCUGACGUCUCAACAACACAAUUUUGAAUUUCUUAAAUUUUGUUAAACCUUUGAGUGAGCAAUAAUUGAAAUUUUUGUGUG